AUGAAGCCCGCCUCGACGAGGCCGUGCCGCCUGACCCCGUUCCUGGCGGUCGCCGCGCUGGCCUUGGCGGCGCUGCUCCUGCUCUUCCGCGCCUCCCCGCACGCGCUCGCCUACUCCCGCUUGCCCGUCCCGCCCGCAGGGCUGCCGCGCGUGGCGCGGGGGCCCGGGACCCCGCCCUCCUUCGCGUACUGGAUAUCCGGCACGGGCGGGGACGGCCGCAGGGUCCUCCGGCUGCUCGCCGCGGUGUACCACCCGAGGAACCGCUACCUGCUGCACCUGGACGCGGGCGCGUCGCGCGAGGAGCGCGCGGAGCUGGCCGCCGCGGUGCGGGCCGAGGCGGCGUGGAGGGCGUUCGCGAACGUCGACGUCGUCGGGGAGAGCUACGCGGUCGACAGGACGGGCUCGUCCGUGCUCGCCGCCGCGCUGCACGGCGCCGCGGUGCUGCUCAGGAUCGGGGCCGACUGGGACUGGUUCGUCACGCUCAGCUCCUGGGACUACCCUCUCGUCACGCAGGACGAUCUCCUCUACGCGUUUUCUUCUGUGCCGAGGGACCUCAACUUCAUUGAUCACUCAAGUGACCUUGGAUGGAAAAAGCAUGAACGUUUUGAAAAAGUUAUUGUUGACUCGAGUCUAUAUAUGAACAAAAACACUGAGCUCUUUCCUGCCACAGAAACAAGACAAAUGCCUGAGGCAUUCAAGAUUUUCACAGGUUCUCCAUGGGUAAUUCUGAGCAGGAACUUUACCGAACAUUGCGUGCAUGGUUGGGACAAUCUGCCACGCAGGCUACUAAUGUACUUUGCCAACGCAGCAUACUCCAUGGAAUCCUACUUCCAGACUCUCAUAUGCAGUUCUCCUGACUUCAGAAACACCACUGUCAACGGCGACCUACGUUACUUUGUUUGGGACGAUCCUCCUGGGCUGGAGCCGCUUACACUUGACGAAACGCAUUUCGAUAACCUGGCGAACAACAGUGCCGCCUUUGCGAGGCGGUUCGUGGAAGACGCUCCGGUGCUGAAGAAGGUCGAUGAGCAGCUGCUGAACCGUUCUGUGUGGUGCCUGAACUCGAGUGAAGAGCAAGGAGGCGGGAAUUUGGGGCCGUGCUCGAAAUGGGGCGACGCUAAUGUUGUCAGGCCUGGGCGUGCUGGAGAGAAGCUGAGGCGCUUCGUAUCUGAGAUCAGUCAGACAAGAGGAUGCACGGAUAGCUCUAAAAGCUGAAUCCAUCUAAACAGGAAUCUGAGGUCUUAGCUUGAUGUAAACCAAGUGUUGCAUGCUGUAGUCGACAGUUCUAGGAGACUGCAUAUAACACCACUAACGCUCCCAGUCAGAGAGUAGUUAUAUACACAGUAGUUGCUUUUCAACAUAGGAUAGGUUAGGAUGCGCUUGUCAGAUAAUGGUGUCCUGAAUUCCUGAUGAUGUGGUUAGAUAAAUACGGCUUGCCGAUUUUGUAAAAUGUAUACUGAAAAUUGUUAGGUCAUUAUUGACAAGAUACGGCAAUGAUAUUAUAGCUGGUGAUGGUAUUCCAGUUCA